AUGUAUAAGCCAACAUCGGGAGCGUCUUCAGUGUCUUCUAUUAAAACAAAAUCAUCAACCAAAUCUGCUAGAACUACCGCUGGCAGUGCAACACUGCGGAAGAAAGUUUUAAUGCAAAAUGCUAACACUACUGUAAAAGAAAUAGGUGAUGAUGACACAACGUUCGAAACAGCACAGGCCCCAUCGGAAUCAUCACCAAAUUCAGAGGCUUUAAAUAUCGAGGGAAAAUACCCACUUGGAAAACUUGAAAUGACCGAACAAGAUUCCGAUGACAAUAGCUCUUUAGCAAUGGAUAUGGAGGCGGAAUUGCAGGUAUUAGGAAUUUGUAAGCCGGUCCUACGUACGGACGAUGAAUGGUCAGACGCUGAUAGUGUGGCUAGUGUGCAUAGUAAAAGGUCCAGUAUCUUACCGCCUGCAUACAAGAAAGCAGGUAUUUCAAUGGACCUGGCCACCCAAAGAGCAAAUGAAUUCUUACAAUCCGGCAAAGAAGCGCUAGAAAAAGCCGGUAAUAUGAAAAAAGAAUGCAAAAUCGAAGUGCACGAAUGUUUACAAGGCUUAUAUGAAGUAGCGUUAUCUUUGUCCGAUUCUCGUUCACUUCACCGUCUCGCGCUAGAGCAAGAGCGUUGUCGAGCUGCAAAGGAAUUAGUUAGGGUAGAACGUGCUCACACCAAGCAAAUAGCAGAGUUACAGUCAACGUUUUAUCAGAAACUUAAGGAAGCGCAUGAGAGUAUUCGAGAGACGUUUAAGUCAGCGGAAGCAAUUCGCAGCUGGCUCAACUAUGAGAUGGAUGAGCCAAUUAAGUCCAUACAAAACAUCCAACUUGAGCUGCGUGGAUUAGCAACAACAACAGUCCCAUCAAAAGCUGCCCUCGAAUUUACUCAUGAACAACCUGCCGUCACAACGGAGACGUUAAUGUUAUUGUCUAGACAAAUCAAAGAAAUAUCAGAAGAAAUUAAUAACUUGAUAAAUAAAAUAGACACCCUAGAAAGCAGGCCAAUAGAUAUCGAACAAAAAUUAUCACCAAUAAAAGAACAGAAUACCGAACUAAUCCAUCGUAUGGAUGGUUUUGCUGAAAACCUACACCAAACCAAGGAAAUGGUUCAAAAUCUACCAACAAAAGUACAAAUUAACACAAUACCCAUGGAAGAACAGAAGAAAGAACUUCGGGAUGCAUUUACCCCACUAAUAGAACUUAUAAACAGAUCUAAUAACCAAAUAGAGGAUUUAAAAGAAUGUAUUACUGCACAAAUGGUAUGUCAAGGAAAUUCUGGAAUAGGUACAGAGUUGGCACUCGCUGAAAUUAAAGAAAAAAUCAACGAUAUGUAUAAUCGACAAAGUGUUGAUACACAAACAUUGGAAAAUAAAAAUUUUGAAAGAUACGACCAAGAUAACAAUAAACCACAAACUACAGUAGAUAAUAAAGCGACACGAACACGAUCACAUGCCGAGGCAGUUAUACAGCCAAAAUAUUCAGUAAUAUUAGAGUCAAUAGAUCCACGUAAUUCUAGCCACGAUAUUAUUACGCAAGUGAAAAAUGACGUCGAUCUGAUAGAAUUAGGAAGCCAUCUUAAAAACUGUAAAAAACUAACGGUCUCAACCCUCCCUGCAAAGAAUCCACAGUUACGUUUGAUAGGAGUAGCCACAGAUUUGGACGAUACAAAAUUAAUUAAAGCAGUCAUUAAAGAAAAUGUUAAGUUAUUAUCAGACCUAGAAGAUGAACAAAAGACCAUUAAAGUACUCCGCAGAACAAAAAGUCGAAUAAGGGAGUUAACAAACGUAAUAGUUGAGACCACCCCACAAAUGUGGGCGAAACUGAAAGAACAAAAAUUAAGACUAGGAUAUCAAGUGGUGUCGUGUGUGGAUCAGUCGCCUGUAACACAAUGCUACAGAUGUCUUGGGUUUAACCACACGGCCAAAGACUGUAAGAACGAGCAACGCUGUGGCUACUGUUCAGAAACACACGACACGAGAGAAUGUAGAAAUAUAAAUCAGGCACCAAAAUGCUGUAACUGUAUUGACUCACAGAAAACAACUUUACCACAUCCUGCCUAUAGCCAUGAAUGUCCUGAAUGGUCUAAGUGGGACAAAAUAGCUAGGUCAUCAGUCACUUACUGCUAA